UUUUUUUGAUUGGAAAUGUUUAGGUUAGUUGGGGGAAUUAUAAGCUUUGUCCGACCUUUUGUGGAGGAUUCUUUAAGUAUUUCUUUGGUUGAGGCUACCUCAAAAAUACUCAUAGAGCCAGGAAAUGAAUUUAUCCAAUCCAUCUUUUGGUUUUUUCCUGGAGUCAAGUCAAUGCCUUGAUUCAAGUCAUGUUUCCGACAGAAAUUUGCACGAUUGCGAGUUAAGGUCUGCCUUAAUUUUAAGGUCUACCUUAAAUGCCCACAAAUGCUCUCCAGUAGAGAUCGAGAUUUUUGAAUGGCCUGGGCUUGUAGUCCAGGGAAAUCCCCAGGCGUUGGGAACAUGCUCAGCUCUCUCCGUUUACUUGACUCAGGAUCGACUAAUUUAGCCGCCACGAUUUCAGAUUCCUCCCUCCAAUUCUAGCAUAUCCCCAAUCUGUCCUCAUUUUUUCUGACCAACUUUAACUUGCUUCCAGGCCUAGCUAAACCUUAUUUUGUUCAUAAACCAUAUUUAAUAUUUUCUUUAUUACAGGAAUUUCAUUUCACCCAACUCGUCCAUGGGUGCUAGCGUCGCUUCACAGCGGAGUUAUACAACUUUGGGAUUAUCGUAUGUGCGUUUUAAUUGACAAGUUCGACGAGCACGAUGGUCCUGUCCGAGGAGUUGAUUUUCACUCGCAACAGCCAAUUUUUGUUUCUGGGGGAGAUGACUACAAAAUUAAGGUCUGGAAUUAUAAACAAAGAAAAUGUAUUUUUACGUUAUUGGGACAUUUGGACUAUAUCAGAACGACUUACUUCCAUAAACAACAUCCUUGGAUUAUUAGCGCGUCGGAUGACCAAACUGUUCGAAUUUGGAACUGGCAAUCGAGGAUUUCUAUUGCGAUUUUGACGGGCCACAAUCACUAUGUUAUGUGUGCCCAAUUUCAUGCUACCGAGGAUCUUGUAGCCAGUGCUAGCCUUGAUCAAACUGUUCGUAUUUGGGAUAUUUCUGGACUUAGAAAGAAGAAUUCGGCGCCUGGAGGAGGCUCUAGCGUUACAAGUGGAAUGAGCCGUUUUGGUUCAACUUCUGUUAGUUCUGCACAAACUGAAUUAUUUGGACAACCUGAUGUUGUUGUAAAACAUGUACUUGAAGGACACGAUAGAGGAGUCAAUUGGGUCUCUUUCCACCCUUCAAUGCCUUUGCUUGUUUCUGGAGCCGAUGACCGUCAAGUCAAACUUUGGCGUUAUAAUGAUAGCAAAGCUUGGGAGGUAGACUCUUGCCGUGGGCAUUACAACAAUGUUUCCUGUGUUAUAUUUCACCCAAAGGCUGAACUUAUUCUUUCAAAUUCUGAAGACAAAAGUAUUCGGGUUUGGGAUAUGCAGAAGAGAACAUGUCUUCAGAACUUCCGCCAUGAAAACGACCGUUUUUGGGUCUUGGCUAGCCAUCCAUCACUUAAUCUUUUUGCUGCUGGUCAUGAUAAUGGAAUGAUUGUCUUCAAAACAGAAAGAGAACGUCCUCCAUAUUGUAUUCAAGACAAUUUAGUUUUUUAUGUAAAAGAACGGCAAUUACGUCGACUUGAUUUAACUACAAAUAAAGACACUCCUCUAGCUCAUCUCAAACCAAACAAAUUAACACAACCUUUUUAUUCUGUUCAUUACAAUCCAGCGGAAAAUUGUUUUUUGUUGAUUACACGGCCUUCAAAUAAUAUUGAGUCGAGCACCUGCGAUUUUUAUAAGAUCUCCCAAAAAGAAGGAGAACUCGAACCUGUAGACGUCAAACGAGCUCCCAGUAUCGCAUCAAUAUGGGUUGCCCGUAACAGAUUUGCUGUUCUUGACAAAUCCCAUCAAUUAAGCAUUCGUGAUUUACAAAACCAAGAAAGUCGAAAAAUUGAUUAUACUGGUCCAAUUGAUGAUAUUUUUUAUGCUGGAACUGGACUUUUAAUGUUAAAAAACCCGGAUAGUGUUUCUAUUUAUGAUGUUCAACAAAAACGUGUUUUGGUUAGCUUGAAAGUUAGCAAGGUUAAAUAUGUUAUUUGGUCAAAAAAUAUGGAAUAUGCAGCUCUUUUAAGCAAACAUACUGUUACUUUAGUUACACGAAAACUUGCACUCCUUUCAUCAAUUCAAGAAUCAACUCGUGUAAAAAGCGGUGCUUGGGAUUUGGAUAAUGACGCUUUUAUUUAUACAACUUCAAAUCAUAUAAAAUAUGCAUUGACUUCUGGUGGUGAUCAUGGAAUUAUUAGAACGAUGGAUAUUCCUGUUUAUAUUUUGGCUUUGAGAGGAAAUCGUUUGUAUUGUUUAAAUAGAGAUGCUUCUCCAAUUGAAUUAACCAUUGACCCAACAGAAUAUCGUUUUAAACUUGCACUUAUCCAUCGUCGUUAUGAUGAAGUUUUGAAUAUGGUUAGAAGUGCUAAUUUGGUUGGUCAAUCAAUUAUCGCAUUUUUACAAAAGAAGGGAUAUCCUGAAUUGGCAUUACAUUUUGUUAAAGAUGAAAAGACUAGAUUUGGAUUGGCUUUGGAAUGUGGAAAUCUUUCGAUAGCAUUAGAAGCAGCCAAAGUACUUGAUGAUACUGCUGCAUGGAAUGCUUUAGGAGAAGCUGCAUUAAUGCAAGGAAAUCAUCAAAUUGUUGAAAUGGCAUAUCAAAGAACUAAAGAUUUUGAACGUUUAGCAUUUUUAUAUUUAAUAACUGGAAAUGUUGAAAAAUUACAAAAAAUGCAAAAAAUUGCGCAAAUACGCAAAGAUGUACAUGGACAAUUUCAAUGUGCUUUAAUGUUGGGUGAUGCUGAGGAAAGAACUAAAGUUCUAAGAGAGUUAGGACAAAUUUCAUUGGCAUAUUUAUCAGCUACUACACAUGGAUUAACUGAAGAAGCUUCUCAAUUGACAUUAGAGCUUGAAAAUAAAAACAUUCCUGUUCCCGAUGCAAAUCCAAAUGCAAAACCUUUUGUUCCUCCUAAACCGUUGUAUCCUCUAACAGAGAAUUGGCCUCAAUUGACAGUUUCUGUUGGACCUUUUGAUACACAAUUGCUUUCUAAUACUACUACUAAAAAAGCUCCUACAGCCAAAACUCCUGCCCUCAAUGCUUUUGCUGCUGAACAGAAUGAAGAUCAUACUGAAGGUGAAGCAUGGGGCGUUGAUGAAGAUUUAUUAUUGGAUGAAGAAGGUAAUCCAGAAAUGGAUGAAAUUGAAAUGAUUGGAGGCGAAGAGGAUGAGGAAGGCGGUUGGGAUGUUGACGAAGAAAUAACUCAAGCUGUCGAAUCUAUGCGCAUUGGUGCUGGAGAUGAGGCUGCGGAUGAUGGGUUUACUUUACCCCAACGUGGACAUGCUCCCCCAUUUUAUUGGCCUGGAAAUUCUCGUCUUACUGCUGAUCAUGUUGCUGCGGGUGCAUUUGAUUCAGCUGCUAGAUUGUUGGAAGAAUCACUUGGAAUUGUGCAAAUUGGUCCUUUUAAAUCUUUGUUCCUUUCAACUUAUGCUAAGUCUCGUGUAGCAUGUUGUGCAAUGCCUCUCUCCCCUCCAAAUUUUAUUUAUCCUAUGCGAAAUUGGCAGGAAAGUUUACCAAAAUCAUCACUUCCAGCUGUUUCUUUAAAGUUAAAUGAUCUUGCGCAACGUUUACAAAUUUGUUAUAAAUUAACUACAGAUGGAAAAUUUGUUGAAUCUGUUCAACGUUUUAGACAAAUACUUCUUUGUAUACCUUUACUUGUUGUUGAUUCAAAACAAGAGGUUUUGGAAGCUCAACAAUUGUUACAAAUAUGCCGAGAAUAUUUAGUUGGUCUUUUACUUGAAACGGCACGAAAAGAAUUGCCUCGUGAAUCUACUGAUGAUGCAAAACGAAAUUUAGAAAUGGCUGCCUAUUUUACAAAUUGUGAUAUUCAACCUAUACAUAAAAUUUUAACAUUGAGAACUGCUGCAAAUUUGAGUUUUAAAAAUAAACAAAUGAGACAUUGUGCAACAUUUUGUCGUCGAUGCAUUGAAUUGGGACCUAAACCAGAAGUUGCUGCACAAAUGAGAAAAAUGCUUUCUGUAGCAGAACGUGAUAAUACUAAUGCAUAUGAAAUAAAUUAUGAUGAGCACAAUCCUUUUGUGUUAUGUUCAAAAAGUUUUACACCUCUUUAUCGAGGAAAACCACAAGUAAAAUGCCCUUUUUGUGGAGCGAGUUAUAUGCCUACAUUUGUUGGUUCUGUCUGUGAUGUUUGUGAGGUAGCAGAAAUAGGAAGAGAUGUUCCAGGAUUAAGAAUUGCUUCAAUUCAAAGUGGGAAAUGA